UUCCCCAUUUGGACAAGGUAAAGGGAGGAUGGCUAGAAAUCAGGGGUCCUGCUCGGCCCGCCCCCGGGGGUGGGGCUGGGAGUGGUCACGUGGAGGGGCGCCGCGCCCGGGGUCUCCCGCCCAGUCGGUGUCGGGAGCCAAAGCCCGGAGUCAGCGAGGACGCCGUGAAGGCUGCAAAAGCGCCACCACGCCGGGGCUGCUGAGGUCACGGUCGCCGGGGCCUGAGGGCACCUGCUCGCUGUUCCGUCCGCUCCCUGAUAGCUGUGCGGGUGGCUGGACCCGCAGCGGCGACAGCGACGACAGCAGCAGCAGCGAGGAGUACUGGAGCGCGGGCAGCAACAGCAGCAGCCACGCCAGCAGCGACACCAUGGAUCUGUCUUUUAUGGCCGCGCAGUUGCCCAUGAUGGGAGGAGCGUUCAUGGACUCACCCAACGAGGACUUCAGCACCGAAUACUCCCUGUUUAGCUCCCCUGCCAACGUCCACACGACCUCCAAUGGCCACGGCCAGCCAGAGGAGUCUCCUCGCUCCUCCAACGACGCCGUUCUGCUAUGGAUUGCCAUCAUAGCAACACUGGGGAACAUAGUGGUGGUCGGGGUGGUGUAUGCCUUUACCUUCUGAAGGCACCGGGAUGCCGGAGCUGUGGGGAAGCCCUUCAUGCACUGGAUUCACCCAGCAAGGCUAUCCACGUGGCUCUAUCUUGCUCCCAGCCACUGGAGAUGCACCUGUGUUCUAGACCUAGGCUGGAACAGCCUCCGGAGGGGCAGCCACCCUGCAUCUGUAAUUCUCUCCAGGCAGCUCUGAUUUAGAAUAUCCUGGGUUGUGGCUGAGCUGAUUCAGAAAGCCUGGAAGUUGGUGCUUCCAGCCCCUAACGGCUUGAUGGGUUAAAGUCUUCCCAACAGCAGGCUGAACGGUUUUUGAAUUUUCAGUCGGUCCCAGAGCACAAGACCAAGGCUGAGCCUCCUAUUAGGUUUAAAAGAAAAUGUAAAGCUGGUUUGGCGACGCUUUCCUAGCAGUAAAUGGUCACGUGUGUGUCGUAUUUCCUGCAGACUUAUUGAACCCAGUGUGUGGGGGCUGGGAUAAGAAGAACUCUCACAAGUUAGGAUUCCCACCUUUUCCAUUUUAUGUUCUGCCACUUGGAAUAUUGAUGGCGACGAUGUAAGGUAACAGAAUGCUGUGAAAACCGACUCAUAAAUGGUACUUUGUCACCAGAUACUUGGUCCCUUGCAGGACCCAAGUGCAUCAGAAAACCCAGGGUCUGGGAUGAAGUUUCUGAUCUUUUCAAAACAAGCAGAGGAUGCCUUCAAAAUUUAGAUCCCCAGGCAACUAACCCUUCACUGCCCAAGCGAAGUUACCAUCUCUUCUUUGAGGAUUCAUGGAAGCUAAAGAUGAGUUAGUCAUGUCCCUUCAUCGUUGGACAGAUUUCAUGGAGAUGGACACGGUGAUCGUGUAGUUAGGUAAUGGUGGAGUCAGAGCAGCAAGGCAUUUCCUAAUCUGGCUGAGUCUGGUCUCCACCCUAGCCAAGCUCUCCAGUGAGUGCAUCCCCACCUAAGCAACCCAGGCAGCGAUGGGAUCCCUGGGAGGUGUCCAAUGUGGGGACUUCCCAGGUCAUCCGUGUCUGUGCUGUAAGAUGGUGUAGACAUUGUGGCCUCCCUCACAGGUCUGACUCCCCACAUCUAUCAGCAUACUUGCAAAUGCUUUGGCCCCAGGGGAAGCUGUUAGGACCGAGAACUGGCCCACCCUCCAUAGCCAAGAAGUAGGAGUGUGGAGUGUCUGCUAAGAUGCCCAGGAUCAUCCACAGGGCAGGAUGCUGGGCUGGCAGUUAGCUGGAAGUUGCUGGAUGUUUGCUCUGACUUCCACCUCUCCAGCAGGACCCUCCUCGUACCCCCGAGGCUUUUCCUAGACCAAGGAGAGGCCGUCCACCUCAUGAGAGAACCCAGGUCAGGGAUGGGGGCAGGAGUGUACUGUGGUGUCUUCAUGAGGCACCUCUGUCCCAGUGCUGUCUGAUUUACCGCAGGGGAAUAACAGUCAGUGGUCCAUCCCCUGCCUUGUCUCCAUGGAAACAACAAGUUGAGAAACAACAGCAUCUGUGCCUGCUGUGAUGAGAGAGGAAGAAACAGAAAAGAAAAAGACAGCUUCCAGCCUUGUAAAGUAUUGGCUUACACACACACACACACACACACACACACACACACACAGAGUUAAACCCAUGCCGAUGUCUCUCCCGCUCUCCUGGGUCAGAGCCACAGAUGGUUACGAGCAUUUAGAAGCCCCCUUUGCCCAUAUGACAUCAGCUGGUCCCAUUCUGCCCUUCUGUCUCCUGCAAUUUCCUCUCUAAAGUUCCUCACUACACAGAACAGCAAGAAGUAAAUGACAGGCUUCAGCCAGAGUAGCCAAAGUGAACCUUCUGGCUUGGUCACCAGGGAAGGAGCAAACUGGCCUAAGCUCAGUGCUUGAGUGCUGCGAGCAGGCAUGGUGCUAGAUUUCCAUGCACGGCCUUCAUCCUCUGUCCCCUCACAGCACAGUGCCCGAAUGCAUGGGAAGGAAGCCAGAAACUCAGUGCAAUGGAGUUCACUUGCCUGAGGCUACACAGCGUAGAAGUGAGGACCUGGGAUUGGAACCUGGGAGGCUAGACACUGCAGUUAGCCCUCUCUGAGCAGUGUCCUGCCUUUUGAGGCUGAAAGCACCACGGAUGGACAUUUGAACUGGUCUUGAAUCUUCAGAAGGUGUUUCCCAAAGUAUCACAGUCUGGGCCAUCCAUGGUGGUCAGAUCAUCAGAAUGGGGCACACCUAGACUUGAGGUGCGGUCCUUCCCCCACCCGGUUAAGACUGACCUUGUGUCUCCAUGCUCGUCUCCAAGGAGGGUCCCUGAGGUAGGGUUUCUGGGGUGCAUGUAGAAAGGGUCCCCAAUAAGGUAUGCAAGCCCAUUAUGAGCGUUCCAGUGGACAGCCCUGAGGUCAGAGCAUGGGGCUCGCCUGUGUGGCAGGUUGACCUAAGCUGGGGUACAGUCUUUCUGUGAGCCUCAAAACUCUCCAGAGCAGGGAAUGUGGACCUUCCUUGGGAAUCCCUGGAGAAGAUGGGCCCCAGAACCUCCUUAAUUUGACAGGAAAAACCUGGCCUUUUGUAUAGCUGGCCCUUGGAGAAGAAGUACUGCAUUUGCUGGAAUGUUCCAUGGUUCAUGAAAUCCAAUUAGAGAGACUAAUGAGUCCCUUUCCCUACCCUACCCAAAGCAAGCACUGUCCUUCCUUGCUUGAGUUUCUAGAAUCCUGGGGAGCAGGAAAGGGAGCAGAUCAGUGCCACACAGAGAGGCAGCAGGCCAGCAUCUUGUCCUGGUUUGGAUGUCUGCCAGCCCUCCUUAGCAUUCUCAGGAUCUGUCUGGGAGCCAGAGCCAUUCGGCUGCAUGUGUGCUCUUGGCACUCUGGUCCUCUCUUGCAGGAGCGUAGCCUCUCUUUGGGAUCAAUGGGUAGCGAAGUGGCUCAUCUCUCCUGCUGCCUGUCCUACUGAUAGUUCAUAUACUUCGCAAGUCAGGGCCAGGGAGGAACAGCCAGUGACUGAAUAGCACGUGUGUACCUGUACCAAGUCUUUCUACCCUCUAUUUCCAAUGACCACUCUGUGCAAGGUAUGGAGGAGAGGGUUCCGAGCUGGCACUGAGAGCCCAGAGGUGCGCAGAGAGGUGGGCCCCCUCUAAGAAGCCCAGAGCAGUGAAAUUAUGAGCCCUGGGUACUCCCUGCACCUCCUGAUAAUCAGAGUAUGAGCAAGAAGUGUCAUGGCUUAGAGAGUGAACCGCACAAACCACAGGGCUAAGGGCAAUGCACAGUAUUAUCAGGGUGACAAAACCCUGUCAUCUGUCAGGACAGAUGGGGCUACCUAUGUUCUAUGUCUGAAUCGUUUGUCCUGGCUCACUAUGUAUGUCACCUGUGGUUUUUGUGGUUUUUGAUAGGAAGUAAAACCAGAGGGCUGGGAGAUUGCUCAGUUGGUAAAGUGUGAGGACCCAAGUUCAGAUUCCUCAGAAUCCACAUUAAAAUAAAAGGUCUGGGCAGAGUGGUGUGUGCUUGUAAUCCCAGCACUGGAGCGUGGAGCCAGGCAGAUUCCUGGGGCUCACUGGCCAGCAAUUCUAACCAAAAGGUUCAGGUUCACUGACAGACCCUGUUUUUUGAGUUUUGUUUUUGUUUAUUAAAUCUGGGGUAGGUAAGCGAUUGAAGAGGAACCUGAAGUCAACCUCUGGCCUCGACAGGCAACUGCAUGAACAUGUGUGCACACAUACACACGUAGACAAGAUAGAGGGAGGCAGCAGAGAGGAUAAUCAGAGGGCGCAGGCCUUGGGUAGACGGUGUAGGUGCACCUUGCCCAGGACAACCUGGCACAGUGGUGUCCAUGUGCCUGCCUAGGUCACAGCAUUGAGAAGGCGUAGUCUCAGCCUCUGGUUCUUCUUCCAGCCAACUCUGCCUCCAAAGGGUUCAGACCUGCUUUUCCGUGGGUUAAACUCCACGUGUGCAGGGAGCGUCUGUGCUUUGGCCACAAGGCACGACAGAGCCCUGCUUCUACAUGAAGCCCUCUGUCUGCUGGAGUCGCCCAAGUCGCCGUGUCUGCCUCCUGGAUUCUUUCUUCGUUUUUUAGACUCGCAUGCUGUAUUCGGCCACAUGUGACUGAGCAUAACUGGAUCCCACCCAACCCAAAAAUCAUACACUUAAAAUGUUAUGAGGUUUUUGUCUUUUGUAACCCAGUUAUCCAGUUUGGGGUGAAAACUUUCCAGUUGGCAUCGCUGUGUUGAAAUGUCCAAGAACUGGGCCUGAGAAUCGCUGCUUUGUAGUUCACAGUGUGUUCUGUUCCACCAAUGGUUCUGGGUGGAGGCUUUCCAGAGAGAGCAUGGAAGCCCAGCUCUGGGGACAUUGCCAGGUGGGACUGCUCAACAGAAGAAUGGAGUCUUGUCCCCAGAGCGCCCAACCACAGAAUUCCCAUGGUUCUACAUUUCAGGCGCCCUGUUUUCCUGAGGGACAUUUGGCAAUGCCUAGAGACCAUUCUUGUCACAAUUUAUGGAGGCGUGGGGACCUACUGGCAUCCAGUGAGAGCAGGCCAGAGGUGCCGCUUAUCCACACACAAGACAGACCAGUGGCCAAGUGCUAUUCAGCCUCCAAAUGCCAACAGUGCCGAAGACGGGAGAGCCUAUUUGGACGUAAGAGUCCAAAGCAACGGAAAGUUCUCAGAAGCUCCAAUGGCCGUGCAUGAGUCCCCUCAUGGAUCAGGGCAGAUCAAAACAGAGAUCACCACGAUUGCAACAAGUUGAGAAAACUCCAGGGGCAGGAUUGGACCUUGGAAGCCUACGUGACUGUUUUCCUUUGGGAAGACCCCUACCAGGAUGGAGGCAACCCUACAAUAUGGCCAGAAUGCUGAGGCUGAUCUUGUCCCCCACCAGUGACUGUGUCCAGGUCCUCCAGUGUCUGACCCUCACAAGUGACCCUGAGAAGCACAGUUGGUGGAGAGAUUCUGCUGGGGACAGGGAGGCUGGGAAACAGGAACCGCUGACACAAAGUUCAGGUCUCCUUUCUGACCCUCCCCGCAUCCUCCAGCCCUGCUCCCCAAAGCUGAAGGCCUACUAACUCUUUCUACUGUCUAAAUUCUCCUGGAAUUCUUAUUUGUCACCUGCCACCCACAGAUUCCUGUUCUUUGCGUGGCAAGCAUUGGCUGAGCUUCUGUGGUUUGUGAUACUUUCCUGGACAGCUUAUAAACACAUAUACGUGACAUGAAGUUAUUUUAACUAUUGUUCCAGGUUCUCCCCACCCAGGUGCCCAGUUCCUCUGUGUGUAGCUGGCUUUUACUGCAGUGGGAAGGUUCUUUGCUGUUGUAGGACUUCAGCGUGCUCUUUAGUGAAGGUGUGGCUAGGUAACACUCCCUGUUAGCUUUCCUGCUAUGGUUGUCAUUUUCUAUCAUAAUAAACAGAACAGAGGUUUAA